AUGACGAGGCCGUCCAUCAUCAGAGCCGACCACCACGCCCCCUCGGCGCAGGACCAAUCCGCCCGCCGAGAUCGACGCCCAACCGCCCGCGCUCCGCAUCAGGCAGAGACCCUUCGCGACGCCGCCCACAAGUCCGCCCAGGAGCAAUCGCGCAGUCCCCGGGCUGCCUCUUCCACCGCCACAUACAACGGCUCGCCAGACACCGACACCGACACCGACACCGACACCGACUCGGACGCGGAUUCAGAUACAGACACAGACGCCGGCAACAUGGACGUCUACCAGCAGCAUCAGCACCAGCAGGACCCGCUGGCCGUGGCCCAGAACGGCGGCAUGGCCGACGACGACGACAUCGAGGACGACGGCGACCUGGAUGACGACAUGAUGGAUCGCAUCUCGAGCUCGCCCUCAAUCGAAGAUGGUGCGUGCAGCCACUCCGUUACCGUCACUCCCGUGGCCUGGCCGCGGCGAGUGUCUUCCCUGACCUCCAUCCCUCGGAUUCCCUGGGCAUCACUGCACCUGCACCCAAACACUCCAUCUCCUCCAAUUCCCAGCACAAGAGACACAGAUUUCCUGCAGCAGAUUCGAAGCGGGCAUCAUCAUCUUCUUUCGGGUGAGUAUGCCAAGUGUGGCGAUCAAGACGACGACGACGACGACGACGAUGCCGGCUGCGAUACCGAAGCCGGCAUCGAAGAGGCCGAUACAUCGCUCACGAUACCGUACAACAAAUCCUUUGAAGAAGAUGAUGAUUCUGAUUUCUCCCUCCCCAACAACCCACGCUUCAUUGACUAUGGCUGGGCAGCAGAGUGCUUACAUGAACCAGAGGACAUCGAUUUCGAUUUCGUCUACGCCCUCCACACCUUUGUGGCCACCGUCGAGGGCCAAGCGAACGCGACCAAGGGUGAUACCAUGGUUCUGCUCGACGAUAGCAACAGCUACUGGUGGCUGGUAAGAGUAGUCAAGGAUAGUAGCAUUGGCUACCUGCCAGCCGAGCACAUCGAGACGCCUACCGAAAGAUUAGCGCGACUUAACAAACACAGGAAUAUCGAUGUGCGUACAAUUCUCAUCAAUAAAAUGAUGUCUUCUCCCACUGUCGCUUUUGCAGAGCCCACCUACCACAACUACAACCCUGAUUACUCCUCAGAUGAGGAAGAUCUCGAUGAGCUGCUAGAGGGAACUCAGGAGAAAAAGGCGCUGUCAGAAGACGACGAUGCUGCAGAUGACACCGCCAAGGUGGAACCGCUCAAAACCAAGUCCAAGGCUGCCAAACAAUCUGAGCCAAACAAGGAUGAAGAAUCCGACGAUGAAGAUCUUCGGGGCAGCCUCGAUAUUGUGGAGAAGAACGGCCCCAGCAUAUCUCGUAACGGUAACAUCAGGAACACCGACUCUUUCUUUAAGGAUGAUACAGCCGAGACCAAGAAGAUUACCCUUACGCCGAAUUUGCUGCGGGAUGACGCUCCCCCUCGGGAGUCAUCUGACUCUGCCGGAUCCAAGUCUCGCGCAAGCUUAGACAAGCUUGAGAAGGAGCUCAUGUCUGACAAGGACAGGAAAAAGAGCAAGGAGAAGGAGAAGGACAAGAAACCUGGUGGUCUCCGAGGCUUCUUCUCACGGAAAGACAAGAAGAGGUCGCCCAAUGACGAUGGGCCGGACGGCGAGCCCCGCGACAGCGAGGAGCGCCAGUCUGAAGAGCAUUCGUCUCCGGAAAAGGUCAGGCAGCCGGCCAAGCUGCAGAAGCCUCAAGCCCGAGUCGAGCCAUCCAUCAACGAGAAGACUCCAAACUCCACCGUGGAGCUUGCCUCUUAUCUGGCCGAGAGCCGCAUCAACGAUGUUUCCAACGUUCCUCCACCGUCAAUGCGCAUCGUCAACCCCGAGACAAACGAGACACAAGAGGUUCCAUCGCACCAGCCCCCUCGGGGCCGCCCGUCUUUGGAGCAGCCAAUGUCUCCUACUGCACGCCGUGGCGAGGUAGUUACCAGCCCGAGAGCCGCUACUGGGCCGCGAUCCCCGUAUGCCCAUUUGGAUGUAUCCGACUCGGACGACUCAGAUGAUGGCGAAGCCAUCUUGGAUCAGAUGCCCAGGCCAAAAUCAUCGUCUACACCUGCGGCUACCAAUGCUGCACCAGAGGAGGAAGAACAAGAAGAGGCUAUUAUUCCUGGCUCUUUCCCCGAGGGCCACAUUUCAUCUACUGGUGACAAAUCUCCUGCAUCUCAGCAACAGCCUCUGGCCGAAUCUACAGCCCGCGCGCCUGCAGAGGCGUCUCCCGAGUCACCCAUUGCGCCUUCGGACCCUCCUGCUCUGAUGGUUGAUACUUCGUCUCCAGAGGAUCGAUCGCCCUCUGUUUCGCCUUCUCCUGAGCUAACUCAGUCUGCUGAGGGUAGAUCCAAGAGUAGCUCUUCUUCCACUGGCAGCAAAGAGCAGACCUGGGACGACAUGAAGCUACGUGCCUUCUUUGACGAGCCCGAGCAUAUUCGCGACCUCUUGGUUGUAGUGUACGACAAGACCGAUGUGGUACCUGCAAGCAGCGAUCAUCCCGUAGUAGGUGGUCUCUUCCGAGAGCAGAAUGCCAAGUUGGCUGAAAUAACGACUCAACUUGAUAACAUGCUUGGAGACUGGCUGGCAAGAAAGCAACGAACCCGUGGAUCUCAUUGA